AAAGGAAAAGAAAACAAUGAGACGUUGCGCCUCAACGGGAGGUGAAAGAAAAUCAGCGAGGAUUGGAAAAGGAGGGAGGAGGAAAAAUUUGUAUCUUGUUCUCUACUGAAUCGCCGAUUCUAGAAGUCAGGCGAGUUAGGGUUGCCGAAUCUGCAAUGGCCGAUUUUCAGACUUCGACCCACAGAGCCAAGUGGAUCUUCACUCCUCAACAGUUAGUUGAGAAGCACAAAGCUACUAAUCAAAGAGCCAAACAAAUGCUAGAGAAGUAUGGAACAACAAGAAUGGAAGUAGACGUUGAUGGGUCACUGUCAUACCCUGAACCUCAAGUUAAUACAGCAGAGAAUGCCUAUAAGCAUUCUCGUCCAAAACCGCUUAGUGUUGAAGAAGAACAAUUUAUGCGGGUGUACUAUGAAUAUAAGCUUCGAGAAGUGUGUAAUGCCUUCUACUUUCCACAUAAGAUUCAGGCAACAGCACUCAUAUACUUUAAAAGGUUUUAUCUUCAAUGGUCGGUCAUGGAGCAUGAUCCAAAAAAUAUAAUGUUAACCUGUAUAUAUUCAGCUUGCAAGAUAGAGGAAAAUCAUGUGUCGGCAGAGGAGCUUGGUAAGGGGAUUUCACAGGAUCAUCAUAUGAUUCUCAAUUAUGAGAUGAUAAUUCUUCAGAGCUUGGAAUUUGAUCUUAUUGUCUAUGCACCAUACCGUUCAGUUGAGGGUUUUAUCAAUGACAUGGAGGAAUUCUGCCAUGCGACAGAUGACCAAAUUCAAAUGCUGAAGGAGUUGCAAUCAAGUGCAGUAGCAGAGGUUGACAAAAUCAUGUUUACUGAUGCACCACUGCUUUUCCCUCCUGGGCAGUUAGCAUUGGCUGCUUUGCGAAGUGCAAAUGAGAUGCACCAGGUUCUAGAUUUUGAAAGAUACCUUGGGGACAUCCUCGCUCGUCAGAAUUCUAUACACACGAUGUCAGAUCUUUUCGAAUCUCUGGACGCCAUAAAUUCUUGGGUAAAGAAGUACAAGUUCCCUACAGAAAAGGAUAUGAAACACAUAAAUCGGAAGCUGAAAUCUUGUUGGGGCCACAGCUCGCAUGACGAAAGUAAGAAACGGGAGAAGAAAUCAAAACACAAGUCCCAUAAGGGUUCAAAUGAAAUGCAAAACGGCCCAUCCCUUGCAUGAUUAUAAAUGGCCCUUGGGUCUUUUGCUCUUGAAGUUGGUACUAGCUUCAAAAAGGAAUCUUGUUUGUCAAAAAGAAAUGUUGAUGUAUUGGAUAGGGAUGAAUACAAUACCAUGACUCUCAAUGGCACAACUUCAUGUAUUAGGAAGGAAAAUCUAUCUCACUUGUAACAGACUUUUUUUAAGCUAAGCAAAAUUGUAGAGAUUGAGGCUUUUUCUCAAAUUCUGAGGAAAAUUUUGCCCUUGGAAUGAUCUAAAGUAUUUUUUAUCUUCUCGUCUCUGUACUGUUAUUGCCUGAGAUGAAACAGAACAUAAUGUUAAUGUUGUUUCAGGUGUUUUUUGGAUUGCAGGAAAAGAAAUUUCAGAUCCUUCUCCAAACGACAGGUUCCAGAUAAUUGUCAAUUGUAAUCAAAAAGGAAAUGAAAAGAUCCUGUGAAUAUUUGUCGUUCAUAAUGAACAGUAAAAUUGGUUCCCAUUCUGAUCAAGUGUAGUCUUUUGUUAAUGACAGAAGGUUUUCCGCAAAUAGCAAGACUUGCUCGCAAACCUCAAUUGGAAUUUGGAAAUCACCUUUUCUUUUCCUUUGUACCAAAGACAGCCGUUUCAUCGGGAAGGCGACGAGGUCGUUUCGUAAACGACACGAUAAUUAGUAACGCUAUGGGCCUGUGAAUCUUCUGGCGCAGCCAUACAGGGAUCUGAAGUGGGCCUUUGCGUUUUAAAGUUGGUUUACAGCCCAUAUAUUCCCAUUGUCUAUUGAAGUUUGGGGUUUCUAUAACAUGCGGUGCGGGAAAUCCGGUUCUAACACAAAACGUCUCCUUCUUCCUUGGAAAUAAAUAACACUUCUUUAACCCCCUGUAAAACCCCAAAGGAAAAACUUCAGGCACCCGCUUCGGCGCUUCCGCUUCGAUGGAGAGCGUUGUCUUCAUCAGCUUAUGUAUGCCUCUCUCUGCCUCAAAAUUCUCUCUCCAGGAAUUACAACUGAGGAAAGUACCUUUGGCUAGACUUUCAAGUCAAACAACCAUCAGAACCACAACCAACCUUCUUGCAUCCUGCUGCUCAAAUGGAGACAUGAUUUCUGUGAGAAGCUGCUGUCAAUAUGUAACUCCCUUAGACCAUUUUGGUGAAUUUGCUUCUUGUUGUGUGAAUGUUAGUUCAUGUACUGACAAAAUAAUUAGUGGCUAUUGGGUGGGACCUGAUAUUGAUGAUGGCUGGGGAUUUGUAGAAGCUUUUGUUAAUCAACUUAUUUGAUUUCAUUAUGAACUGCUUCUGAAUGGUUGCAUGCUUAUUUUGCUAAA